AUGCUUCGCCCCCAUUCCGUCAGGCCUAAUGGUCUACUCGCUCUCAUCUCGAAUAUCGCACUUUUUGGAUCCCUCUUACCAGGUGCUGCAGCGCAGGAUGAUGCCACCAAACUCAAAGACUGCCUAAGUAGCUCCUCCAUCUUAGCCUCUUUGGCGACCUUUCCCGAUGCUACGAACUGGGAUACUAUUACCUCCCCAUGGGCACUGCGAUUCAACCCAGAACCAGCCGCAGUUGUUGUUCCCCACAAUCAAGACGACAUCGCUGCUGCGUUGGCAUGCGCCGUAGAUGCGGGUGUCAAGGUCUCACCGCUAAAUGGAGGACAUUCCUAUGGAGCUUAUGGGCUGGGUGGCGUGGAUGGAGCGCUUGUGAUCAACAUGGAGCGCUUCACGGAGACUACAUUCGACGAGGCGACUGGUUUAUUCACCUAUGGCGGUGGAAGCCGAGUUGGGCCAGCUGCAACAUGGCUUUGGGAGAACCACGGGCGUCACUUCCCCCACGUCCGAGCUAAUUGGGUAGGCCUUUCUGGGUCAUCCAUCGGUGGUGGCUUUGGAACCACCAGUCGUUUUCUCGGUAUUCCUAUGGAUAAUCUCGACAGCGUCAAAGUGAUGCUAUACAACGGCACAGUGGUGACUGCUUCCCGCACGGAGAACCCAGACCUGUUCUUCGUUGUUCAAGGCGCAGGCUCUUCCUACGGCAUCAUUCUGUCUCUUACAACACGCACUUGGAAACCAGAGUUCGACAUUGUCACAAACUUCACGAUUUCACUUGGUGCUGUCGACCUUGACACAGGCGCCCAAGCCCUGAUCGAUAUCCAGGAUUGGGCCAUGACUAAAGCACCCGAUACCUUCGCUCUGCGAUGGCAACUGGCAGGCGAAUGGAAUGGCAGUGGGUACUUCUAUGGUAACCCGGACGAGUUUGAUGCUCUCUUCGCAGGCCUGGUCGAACGUCUCCCAAACACUACAACAACCACUGUGCAAACGGCGGAUUUCUGGGCUAUGGAGAACUUUGCCGUCCCACAGAUCAACGGGACUACCGACGCCUUCCCUCCGCGCAGCAUGUACCUGCAAGCACUGGUUCUGCGCAAAGAUCAGCCUUUCACCUUCGAGUCCGCCAAAGCGCUCUACCAGUACACAACACUCGCCUUCAACCGCACCGACCUGACUGAGUUUGGCUUCUUGGACUUAUGGGGUGGCGUGUCUAGGGAUGUUGACGACUCAAAGCAGGCGAUGGCUUACUCCAACAACCAGUGGCUCAUCCGCUGGGAAGGACGUCUUGCUAACGGCCUAACCCAAUGGCCUGCUGACGGCAUUGAGUAUAUGCAAGCUGGUUUCCGACCUUUCCAGGAUCAGCUGAAGAAGGAGGGUGUACCACUAAGGGGCUUUGUGAAUUACAGAGAUACGGAGCUCUCCGUUGACGAAUGGAGCGUGAGGCUAUACGGGGACAACUUUGAGAAGAUGAAGAGGAUCAAGUCGAACCUAGAUCCGCAGGGUAUCUUCACCACGCAUGCGCAGAGUAUUCCAUCGUCCUGA